AUGUGGCUGCUGCAGGUCUUUCUGGCAGCUGCAGCCCUCUGCUCGGAUGCAGCUGCACAAAGGCUCACUCAGCCAAGGCCUUCCACAAGCAGCAGAGUGAUGGCAACUGCACGAAUUGACUGCCGGUUUUCGGGCUCAAACUUUCAGAAUGUGGCCAUCCACUGGUACCAACAGAAACCCGGUGAAGCUCCAAAGCGCAUUUUGUAUGUGGUAACAGGAACCCCUGUAAUUGAUGACCAGGCCAAUCAAGACCUUUUUUAUGUAGAGAAGAAGGCUUUGACUCUCACCACUACUCUGACAAUAAGACGAGUAACAAAGCAGCACGAGGCAACCUAUUACUGUGCUUUCUGGGACGACACAACCACAGAAAACCUUUCCACAGUGUCUCGGCACAAGCCUUGCAGCAAUCUCCAAUAUCCAUCACCAAGCCAGAAAGCAAAACAGUGCUCAUCAACUGCCACGUGUCAGCUCCUGACUUUGUCACUACGUUUAUCCACUGUCAUUCACCAUCAAGUUCCAGUGAGACACAGCUGUUUCAUUUUGAUAGCAAAAAAUGCAGAGACACAAGUACUUCUGAAACAACUGAAGACAUCUAUUUCUAGAGCAAAGGCCAAAACAGCUUAUAUUGACUGUAUAGCUGAGGGCAUAAACAACUUUGAGACUGCUUAUAUGCACUGGUACCGGCAUAUUCCUCCCAAAGGUCCUGAAUGGCUUCUGUUUAUCAAAUCGGCAAGGGAUAUAAGUUAUAAUCAGGAAUCCUAUAWGAGAAAAUAUUCCGUUAGUAAGAAAAGAAACAAUGUCUGUACUCUCUCAGUAAAUGACAUAAAUCUUAGUGAUGAAGGCACCUACUACUGUGCCUACUGGGAGUCUCACAGAAUUAGCAGACCAUUGAUAGCCUGUGCCAAAAGUCAGUUAACUCGAUGCUUAUGAGGCU